AUUGGCUUUCAUUUGUAAGCAGACGACAUUUGGAAGACGUCUGUGAAGCAAGUUUAAGAUACUUUAGGCUGAAGAGGGUCCACAGGUGAAUCAACGCAAUGGAGAUCGCUGAAAUAAAUCAUUAUAAAGAUGCUAUAGCCUGCUUGCACCGGACAAUUGAAGAAGGGAGGAAAGAUUCAAAUGUAGAUGUACAGCUGAUGUUGACAAACAUUAGCCACUGUGCUGAAAUUGUAGAACAGCUGCAAAAGUUUGAAGAAGAUGCUAUAAACCUGAAUGCCUUGACUAGUCUAUCAGUCAGCCUGUCAGCCAACAAAUCACUGCUCAACAGAAAAAUUGAGAAGCUAAACAGCAAUGAUAAGACAAAAACUGAUACAAAAACAUGUGCAGCAAGUCAAGAUAAACCAGCCAUAGAGGCAGAUGACACAAAGGGAAAAGAAAAACGCUUACGGCAGCUAUGCAUUGAAGAAACAAUCCUAAAGGGGAGUAACCUUAGUCUGUGUGAUGUGGUGGGACUUGCUGAAGCAAAACAGGCUCUGCAGGAAGCUGUCAUUAUGCCACUUGUAUUUCCACAUCUAUUUCUGGGGGGCAGACAACCAUGGAAACGAAUUCUUUUGUAUGGGCCACCAGGAACUGGGAAGACUCGGCUUGCACAAGCAGUUGCCUCUGAAAUAAAAUGUACCUUUUAUAGUGUUUCAAGUUCUGACCUGCUUUCUAGCUGGGUUGGAGAGAGCGAAAAGCUGAUUAAAGAACUCUUUCAUCAUUCCAUGAACCAGACUGGUAGAUCGGUAAUUUUCAUUGAUGAGAUUGACAGCAUAUGCCGAAAGAGAUGCUCCAGAGAAGAUGAGCACAGUCGAAGAAUCAAAACAGAACUUCUGAAACAGAUGGAAGGUGCUGACACUUCACAUACCUCAGGAAAACUAUUUCUUAUGUGUGCCACAAACUGCCCAUGGGAUCUGGAUACAGCUUUUCUCAGACGGUUUCAAAACGCAUCUACAUACCCUGCCUGACCGGUGAAAGAUGCACGGAUUCAGUUAAUGAAGCUUCAUAGUGGUGAUACUGCCCUAAACAUUAGUGUUAAGGACUGGGAAGAACUGGCUAACUUUACUGCUGGGUACUCUGGCAGUGACUUAGCUGCUUUGACAUUAGGUGCGCUGUUUGAACCUAUCCGUGAUCUACAGCAGGCUUCUCACUGGGUAAAGCUAGCAGAUGGCUGCCUCAGGCCUUGCAGAUCAGACCAACAGGGUGCAAUACCAGCCAAGUUAGUGGAUUUGCCAGCGGAGAAGGUGAGCCCCCGUGAUGUACAGUUAUCAGAUUUCCUCAAGUCUAUCACAAUUCACCAGAAAACAGUGAGUCCUGAAGAGUUGAAAAAAUUCAAAGAGUUUAGUCUUCAUUUUGGUGAGAGUUUUCUUGUGAUGUCACCUUGAAAAUAAACUAUGAUGCAGGGA